AUGCCUGGAAUCUUGCCCAUGAAGGUGAUUAAGGUGGGAUCGAGCGCGCAGAGCCGUAUAGCCCAGGCUUGCGAUCGUUGUCGCAGCAAGAAGAUAAGAUGCGAUGGGGUUCGGCCAUGUUGUUCGCAAUGCUCCAACGUCGGCUUCGAGUGCAAGACGAGCGACAAGCUUAGCCGCAGAGCCUUCCCACGAGGAUAUACAGAAUCCUUGGAAGAAAGGGUUCGUACAUUGGAGGCCGAGGUGAGGGAAUUGAAAGAUCUGCUGGACGAGAAGGAUGAGAAGAUAGACAUGUUGUCGAAAAUGCAUUCGAAUCGACGUCCAUCCAUGUCGCCCGGGACGCCGCCUGUCGAUGCACGAAAAGAAGCGGCCGCCAUGCCAGUAAAAGAGGACGUAUUUCGUGUCCAAGCCUCGCCGUUGCUGUUGGGAGCUGAAAAUUCAGACUUAUAUUUCAUGGGGGCUUCCAGUGGUAGAGCUUUUGUUGACGCUUUCAAACGUAGAAUACAGGAAAGUGGCAAAUCCCUCGCUGGGUUCAACAUGGAAGCUUUCCUCAACAUUCAACGUAAUAACCCAUCACUCUCGCAAAUACCAACUCCAAAGAGCUCGACGACGCCUCCUCGGAUAUUCUCGGAUAGAUGCGUCAAUAUCUUCUUUCAGGAAUGGGCACCACUCUUCCCGGUCCUGCACAAGCCAACUUUUCUCCGGUUAUAUGAGGAGUACAUGUCAAAUCCACAGCAGAUGGUAGGGUCUCACAAGUUGGCUCAACUACACCUUGUAUUCGGAAUUGCAAGCCUUUCUGGCGACGUUCCAGACCGAGAACACGUUGCGCUUUGCGAGUUCCAGUGGCGCUUGUCCCUCGAGGCAGUUCUUAUGGAGACUUCACUUGCGACACUCCAGUGCCUCAUUCUAGCUUUGAUUUAUUGCAUCUCCAAGGCUGAUUACGCCCGUCUUCAACAUUAUAAAGCAAUUGCUGUCGGUCUUUCGCAUCGUCUUGGCCUGCACCAAAGUCAGAAGCGAUUCUCGUUUGGCGCCCUCACAAUUGAGACUCGCAAGAAGGUGUUCUGGACUUUGUAUACUAUUGACUGCUUUUCUGCCGCUCUACUCGGCCUGCCAAAACUGCUCAAGGAAGAAGAUUAUGUAACCGAGAAAGGCUUUCAACCUACUCUGCCUGGAGAAUAUACAAAGAUCUCAAGCGCACUUGCACUUUUCCGCGCAUCACAUAUCUUAUCAAAAGUAUUGGAGCAAAAUUACCCAGCUGCUGCAGCGCAUGACCUUUCACUCCAGUCCCUUACAGUUCUUGAAAAUGAGUUGAAUGAGUGGUCUGAAAGCCUCCCAACUCAUCUCAAGCUUACUUUCGUGCAAGACAAGCCAUCAACUGAUAUGACUGGGAGUCGAUCAGCAUUACUGUCACUUGCUUUUUACUACAUUCGGAGUUUGAUUCAUCGUCCUGCUAUUGGCUCUACAUUAGGCAGCAAGUCUUCGUCAUCGGUGAUAUCUCUCGCUGAAUCUAGCAAGCGGAUCAUUCAGAUAGUGCAGCUUCUCCAGGAGAGAAACAUGUCAUUCUCUUUCUGUGUGAAUAAAAAUGAGAUGCUUACUCUUUGUGGCUUAAGCCUCCUCUACCAAGGUCUCGAACUCAAGCAGGAAGGAAAGCUGAUGCAAGACGGUCAACGUUUGGUUGCAGUCGUGAUAGGAUACCUUGAGAAGGCUGGGGCUCCUGGGGCGUCUGACUUCAAGAAGCUUGCUGCAUCUUUGGUAAAUCCAGAUUCUCAGUCGAAGACUGUGGCUGCACGAAGCCCUAGCAUCAUGCCAGCUACCAAAAGCACAAAAUCUACGCCAUCUCCAUCUGUUAGCAAACAACAACUUCGUCCUCAAAUGCAUCGACACGGAAGCGCUAGCAUGAGCGACACAGAUCUCUUGUCUCAACAAGAUAAGCUACGGCGUGCAACUUUACCGAACAUUGGUAUGAAUCGCCUCGACCGUCAUUAUCAUCACGACCGAAUCUCUACAGAAUCGGAUCCUUCAGAAACGCCAAUGCCAAAACGAGAAUAUCGAGGUUCAGCUCCACAGAUGCCAACCGUCUUGAAACGCGCAUUGAAGAACGACAAACCUCCCAAUCUGGAUUACCUUUCUCUCAAUAAUACUCCCGUAUCGUCACAACCACAAUCACCAGUUCAAUCUCGAGCUCAAAAUCCUCCUCACAUGUCCCAUAAUUCCGAUCAUUCAAAUAACUACUCGAACCCGGCCUUGAAUACCAACACCAAAACAGCCGCAGCAUCACCGACGGAAUGGGAGGUCCUCCUCGGCUCACUAGACGGAGGUCAGAGCAAUCUGUACGAUGCGAUUUAUGGAGGGCCCGCUUUGUCACUCACAGACACGACGACCUCUAACUACGGAGACUGGUCUCCUGACUCUGGUUGGGACAUGACUCCUAUGACAAUGAAUGACUUUUCCGCGCCAGGACCCGCACGAAGUGUGCUAAGUCUCAGUGAGGAGAGUUUAAGUUCUGGAGAAGAUCUUUCUACGAGCGAUUUGGGCAUGGGUAGUACACAACAAGAGUUCAGGCACACUAUGAUGCCGGGCUCGGUACCGAGUGGAGAGAACUAUUUACUGGAAAAUCUGGAAGGACCUUUUGGAUUGUAA